AUGGCAGUGGCAGGCAGGAGAGACACUACAGCCUCCCCACACACCAGCACCACCACCACGGCUUGGCCGGGCUCCCUGGACAGCUGGCUUAGCUGGAUCCCGUUACCCAAAUGGGCACUCAUCACUGUGGCUGUGGCAGGGGCCAUUCUCCUCCUCCUCUUCCUCAUCUGCAUUGUCAAAUGCUGCUGCAGCAAGAAGAAGCCCAAGAAGAAGGAAAGAAUUGGCUUGUGUGCUGUCAGCAACUCCUCCACGACCAACCUUGUCCAGCCCGAGAUGGAGGACUUGGAGUGGGAAGUAGAGCAGAAGCGGCGAGGAAAGCUGCAGUACUCCCUGGAGUACAACUUCCGCAUACAGGAGCUGAAAGUUGGUGUGAAGCAGGCAGUUGAGCUGAAGGCCAUGGACAGCGGAGGCACAUCUGACCCAUAUGUGAUUGUCUACCUAACGUCUGAUAUGAGGAAGAGAUAUGAGACUAAGGUUUACCGCAAAACCCUGAACCCCAUCUUCAACGAGAGCUUCAUUUUCCAGGUACCCCAGGCUGAGGUGUCUGAAUCCACACUGGUGAUGCAGAUCUAUGAUUUCAACCGCUUUGCCAAGCAUGACGUCAUUGGUGAGGUCCGGCUGCCCCUGGCUAGCGUCAACCUGCACCAUGUCAUCGAGCAGUGGAGUGACCUGGCAGUGGCCAGUAAAGUGGAGGAAGAACAUCUGGGUGAGAUCUGCUUCUCGCUGCGCUACGUCCCCAGCACUGGCAAGCUGACAGUGCUCAUCCUGGAAGCCAAGCAGCUGAAGCGGAUGGACUCCAAUGGACUCUCAGAUCCUUUUGUCAAGGUGCAUCUCAUACUGAACAGGAAGAAAUGGAAGAAAAAAAGGACAAGUGUGAAGAAAAACACCUUAAGCCCUUACUUCAAUGAGGUGUUUGUUUUUGAGGUGCCUUUCAGUCAGAUCCAGAAUGUGGACGUGGUCAUCUCCGUCUGGGAUCAUGACAAAGUGACCAAGAAUGAGCCCAUUGGCAAACUCUUCCUGGGCUGCCGAGCCACAGGCAACCAGCUGCGGCACUGGUCUGACAUGCUGUCCAACCCACGCUGGCCCCUUGCCCAGUGGCACAUCCUGCAGCCCCCAGAGGUGGUGGACAAAGCCCUGGGACUGAAGUCCCACCUCAAGCUGCCCCUGCACUCCAGAUAG